AUGCCGGCGGUCCCUGCCAUCGUGCAGGAGGCUCUCAGGGCAGGACACAGUGGUUUGCUCCACUACUGGCUGAUUGGCUCCAGUGGCAUUGCUGACAUUGCAGAAUUCAGCUCAGAGGAGCUGAAGAAGCAAAUAACUAAAGCCAAGUCAUCUUCUGCCAAAAAAGGAAGAGGUCCACUAGCCAAGUGGUGCUCACAGGCCCUGUGGAAGAGGAGCAGUGCCAGGAGGACCUGGGCUGUCCGGGUCCUGCUGGUGGCUGGAGCAAUGGCCACCAUGGGUGAUGAAGACCUGUUAGCCUAUUUCUGCAUGCAGUACAGGCAGAACCUCCUGUCCUUGCUCAGAAAACUCAGACUGACAGAGGAGGACUCCCUGUCUCCAUUUAUUCGCCUCCAGGAGAAGAAGAAACAAGCCCAACUGAUGCAAAAAGCUCUGGAGGAGAAGGAAGAGGCCUUCAGGGAGAGGAUGAAAGUCGUAACCUGCCGCUGGAGGGACCUCCACGCCAAGGAGGCUCAGCUGAAAACCUACAUGGAGAAAUCUGGGAGUACUUUAAAGGAAAAUGAUAAUAUGCGAAUCCAAGCUCUGAAGAAAGCCAGCAAAGAGAGAGAGAGGAAGAUGCAAAAGGAAAGUGAGCUCUUGAGAGCUAAAAGGGAACUGGAAGCCCUGAGAAAUAAGCACCAGAAACUCUGCAACAAAGUGCAGAAGUAUUCCAUCUUCAACAAAUACCUGGAGGAUGUGGUAAAGAUCUCACAGUUUGAGGAGAUCCAGGAAGUCAUUUGGCGCUACAAGACGCUGGUGAGGAUGCACAAGGACCUGCUGCAGUCACAACGGGACCACAAGGAAAUGUCUGAGCAAGCCAAGGUUCUCCUGGACCAGUACAUGGUAGAGAAAGAAGCUGAGAUCCUGCAGUACCAAAAUGAGCUGGUGCAGCUCCAACUACGCUUUGACCAGGCUCAAAGUGACAUCCUCCUCUGGGAGACUCACUGGGCCAACAUCCAGAACACGACCGCCAAGAAAACCCUGAAGCUGGGAACCAUCAAGAUGGCCAUCCUCAACCUCUUCCAGCGUGCAAGCAUGCAGCUGAAGGCAAACCUGAACGUGCCAGUGGAUGACAGCCACAGACAGCUGCGCAUGAUUCAGCAUUUUAUCCAAGACCUCACAGACAUCUCUGUGGAGGUGAAACGGAAGGACAGGCAGAACCACCAGUGA